CCUUGCACACAAGCACACUUGUUGCCUGUAAUCAUCACCACUCCAAUUCAGCUUCCUGCACAUUUACCUCUCUGUGCUCUGCACGGUCACAUCUCUGCCUUGCUGAAAAAAGCAAACCACAGUUUUAUCUAAGUUAAGUCUUAGAUCAGUCUCUAACUCGGUUAGAGAACCCCAGGAGCGACAUUUUGAGCAAGCGCGUUCUCUUCUCUCUCAUCCGGGCAUGGAGUGGCGCGGGCAGCCGACCGUCAGCUCAGCAGUGGCUUUCUCGGAAGCGCAGAGAUGGGUUGAGGAGGUGACUGAAAAAUCUUUUGGGACCAACAACUUCAGAUCAGCGUUGGAGAAUGGAGUUCUCCUGUGCGAUCUGAUAAACAAGUUGAAGCCGGGCAUCAUUAAGAGGGUGAACCGCCUCUCCACCCCUAUUGCUGGCCUGGACAAUGUGAACGUGUUCCUGAAGGCUUGUCGUAAGCUUGGACUGAACGAGGCACAGCUCUUCCACCCUGGUGACCUGCAGGACGUCUCCAGCCGAGUCACCGUCAGGCGAGAAGAAACCAACAGGAGACUUAAAAACGUGCUGAUCACGCUGUACUGGCUGGGUAGGAAGGCCCAGACGGACCCCUUCUACACCGGCCCCCUGCUCAACCUCAAGGCCUUCGAGGGGCUGCUGGGCUUUGCCCUGUCCAAGGUGUUGGAGGAGUCGUGCCCUGGCUGGAGUGUGCGUGACUCGGGCUACAGCGAGGAGGAGCAGCUGGACCAGCCGCCGGCCAGCUACCGCAGAGAGGACUCGGUGGAGAGCCUGGACUCGCUCGAGUCCCGCACCCUCAGCGUCGCCUCAGAGAGCACGCUCAGAGCAGGGAGUGAAGGUAGUGACGCAGAGGCUGAUCAGGGCUUCAGGAUGUCGGACGUGCGUGAUGUCAGAGGACGGGGCUACAUGCCCCCCCCCCUGCGCAGGAAACGGGGAGAGCAGCACGAGGACGACAGGACCGGCCCCCUCAUCAGAAGGAGUGUCGUGCGGGGGGUCAUCGUGCACCCUGACCCCGAACUGACCCCUGACCCCGAACUGACCCCUCCGGCAGUGGCGUUCCUUCAGCGCGCGCGGGAGUACUACAGCGAGAGCGACUCGAGCGACGGCGAGCGGCCCGAGCCGGACCUGGUCAACGACGACCUGGCUAGCCGGCGCUUUCGCUCCCCUCCCCCCUCCGCACCCUUCAACUUCGCCGUGCCAUCAAGGCCACAGGACUCACGCCCGUUGCCAAGGGUGACGCCCAGAGCUCCGAGGUCGUGGGUCGCUGUGUCGGACGCCUCGAGACUAUACUCGUCCACGAGCUCUCCCAGGAAUUCGUGGAGUUCUGAAUGCCUCAGUCAGUUUGACAGCAGCGGCACGAUCUCCCCUCACUCGUCCGAAAGAGAGACCUUGACCCCCACGACCCCACUGACUCCUGACCGCGACGCCCAGGAGAUGUUCCUGCAGGCCCUGCGCCACCAAAUGUCCAACUCCGGCUCGUCGACCGAGGAGGAGGAGGAGGAAGGGGGCCGCCGUGGCUGCGCUGACCCGGACCUCGUGCUGGACGACUUGUACGCACGCCGCGUCGGACACAGCGAGCACCUGACCUCCAGUAACCCUGAGGCCGCCCGCUUCCUGCCCAAGCACUGGACGCCCGAGGAGGACGAGCACGUCCAGCGUAUCCAGCUGGGCUCCCAGAGGCGGCCGUGGUACAGGAAGCUGCAGGGCUUCAGCCGAAAGAAGUCGGGCUCGGAGGACGAUGAUGACUCCGAUUAUGACAUCACACCCUGGCUUGCUGGACGUGCACGCCCCUCCUCUGCACCCCCUAGAGCCCCACCCACCCACGUGGGACUUGUCUCAGUAGUGAUUCCAAGUGUGUGUGUGUGUGUUUCUCACUCGUCUCCUAGACUACCUCUGCGGACCUAUGUGACUGUGGGGAGUAAGUCCCUGAGUGACAUCCCUCUGGGCUCGUCUGCAUCGUUGACCCCCCACGUUUUCCGCUCCUCGUUGACCUUUGACAUCAGCGUGGAGGCAGCUGCUGCCGGACAACUUAGGCAGGAGCACCUCCGCAGAAUCCAGGGCCGCAUCAAGGAGACCGAGGCCAAGUGGCAUUAGGACCUGACUCGUUGGAAGGACCGGCGGCGCAGUGCGAACUCUGACCUUCACAGGAAGAGAGAGGAGAGGGGAUUGGACGCACGCGAAGAGCUGCUGGAGAGGAGUGACCAGGAGGCCUUUUGUAGCAGCGUCUACACCCCCAUCUGCUACUCCUCACACACUCACACUCUCGCUCACACACACCCACACACACACCACCUUCAGCAGCAACAGCACCUGCAGCAGCACGAGGCCGACCUCACACACCGCUCGCGUGCUCCGCUGUCCCGUGGUCUGGCCGUGGAGGGUCCAGUUGCCGGGGCCACCGCCACCUCCAGAGGUCCCCUGCCCCCCUCCGACCCCGCGGCCCAAGGAGAGAGCCUCCCGCUGGGCAGCCUGCCCACAGACCUGGCCUCCGCUCCCAGCUCCGGCUCCAUGCCCGGGCUCAGCCCCGAGAGUCCGGCAAGGAUGCCGAGCGGAGGUGCCCCACCGUACAUGACCGCAGGGACGCCCCACUUCUCGAACGGCGCCCAGUCAACGGCCCCUGGCGCUCUUAAGGUCCACUGGAACAGCCCGGUCUCGUCCAGUCUGACGGGGAGCCCCAUGGCUCGUCCCAGUGGGCCCCAGAACCCGUACGGCGCCGGACUGGACCUCACGGAGGACCUGCAGGGAGGCGGCCAGCUCUACCGCCCCGGGACCCCCGCCGUGAGGCCGCUGGAUGGGGGAUCCAGGAUGUCGUCCACCCUGCCCCGGGGAUUCCGUAGGUCCGAGGGGAGCUCGUGCCUCUCCGCUGGGGUCACCCCACGGCCCUUUGGGGCCAAGACCUCCAGAGUGUCUAUGUCGAAGCUCUACGCUAAGGAUGACUCUCAUAAAAGCCUGAUGAGCAACGCAAAGGGCCACGCUCUCUUCCCCAGUACGCCUGCCCCCUACGGAAAGGUCGCGACCUUUGCCGAUUUCGAGCGACCUUUGGCUCCACCCAUGCAGAAUAGUCCUAGACAGGAGAGAAGGGAGGAAGGUGGGCGGACCUCUGCCGGCAUCAACCAAUCAUCUGCUCCCAACAACCAAUCAUCUGCUCCCAACUUCACCGCAUCGCUCCCUGACUACACAUCUGGAGCUCAGAGUGUGGAGAGAGAGGUGCUCCACAGUGACAUGCGAGUCAGUCUGAACCAGAGACCCAACACUGGUACGGACUUUGGCUUCCAGACCCACUGGGACUCUACUGGCGCACGCAUCACGGCCAUCCAGCCAGGCAGUCCUGCGGAGCUGUGCCAGCUGUGUGUGGGCGAUGAGAUCCGGUCAGUAGGUGGGCACAGUGUGGGGCACAUGAGCUACACCCAGUGGAAGGACAGCAUGGCCCAGGCUCUCGCCAAGGGCAACCUCCUCAUGGACGUGCGCCGCCAUGGACAUGCCGAUUGGGGCUGGAGCGGCCAUCCUUCCCUGCCGUUUAAAAGCCAUAAGACCCUCAAUCUGACCAGUGCGGAUUCAACACUUGUAGGUCGCCCCGAGCACUACGUCGACGUCCGUCAGGACCCCAGCAUCACCGCGGCCCCUGCGGCCGAGCCCUUAACUAACGGCCUGACCUACAACGGUGUGGGACCCUCCGAAAUAAAUGGUGGUUUCCACAAGGAGGCUGUGACUUUGAGAAACAAAGACUAUGAGCGCAUUGCUAUGAAAAACCGUAGAAGGAGGCUAGAAUUUUUUUCAGGAGGAUCAGAAUCAGCCAUAUCUGAUUUGCAGGUGCCGUCCAUCAGUGCGCCAGCUGGCCGCUGGUCCUGGAACCCGGAGGAGGACAGGAAGAAGCACGAGUCCUGGCAGAGAGAGCAAGAGCGCCUCCUGCAGGAGAAAUACCAGCGUGACCAGCAGAGGCUAGAAGAUGAGUGGAGACGAGCCCAGCAGGAAGUGGGUGGUAACCAUGGCGAUGGACUCAGGGGGCCAGAGGAGCUCAGAGUCUUUGAGGUGGCCAAUGCCGGCACUCCACGACCUUUUUCCCGCCAAUCCGCUUCCUCACCAUUUGUGACCUCCAAUCAGUCUCCAGAGGAGGAUGGGCCUGUGAAGAUGAGGGAGGAGCCAAUACAUAGUGCAGACAGCUUUCCAUCAAAGGAGGCGGGGCUAGAUGAGUGUGAUGGCACCACAGCCAAUCAGUGGCCUGAUGACUCGUACAGCUUUGCCACACUCGCUGCUGCAGACAGGACUAAGUCCAAGUCCACCCCAACACUGGACUCCUUUCACCAGCAUGAAGACGGAGGUGCGGUGCGGGUGGAGAAGAAGCUGGGUCAGCAGAUGUCCCAGGUGGAGUUUGAGCGGCAGCAGAUCCUGGCGGAGAUGCGCAAGAGGACCCCGCUGAACCGGGACAGCAGCUGGAUCCGCCAGCGCAGCAGCAGCAGCAGCCUCUACAAGGAGCCCAUCAACCCCGUCAGGAGGUUUGAGUCUCUGGAUGACCUGCACAGCGGUAGCUCCUGGACUAGGCCCUCCUCGGCCACCUCCAACCCCAUGCGCCCGCACUCUGCCAUGGGCAGCGUUGGAGGACUCCGGGGCCCCGGCCGCUACAGCAUGGGAGCCAUGUGGGGAGCUGGAGCUGCCGGUGGUGGUGGUGGAGGUGGAGGUUCCUCCACCCUCCCGGCCGGUCUCUCCGCCAGCUGCCUGAGGCAGGGGCCCUGGGCCCGGCCCGCCUCCACCUCCCCCACCCCCCUACAGGAGGAGACGUCCCCUCAGCGCAUCAGCAAGCCCCUGAGUGGGCGGAGGGUGUGUACGCGCUGUGAGCGUCCCCUGGCUCGGGGCGCUGCCAUGGUCAUUGAGUCUCUGGGCCUCUGCUUCCACCUGACCUGCUUCAAGUGUGUCAGCUGCAGAAGUGAGCUGCGACGUCCAGGUCCCGGAUCUCAGGUGCGGGUCCGAAACCGACAGCUGUUCUGCGACGGCUGCUACGGACGGAUCCGAGGUCGCCCAAUACCCAAAUGACCAGAGUCCAUUAUUGCAGCAAGUCCAGGAGACGCCUUCAAUUGCUGAUCCAUAACACACACACAGACACACACAGACACACUUCCAUAAUGCAGGAUGUUUCAUAAGAUCUGCCCUUAGACCGUCUACUUAAAGUACACUCACACAAACACAUACUCUCUCUCACAUAUACACACACACGCACAAUAUCAUUUAGACAAUCUUGGCAGUGGGUAGAUGUGUUUUUAAUAUUUUCUCAUAGCCAGUUAGAGAGUGUGUGAAUGAGGUGGGUCAGUUGGAUUUUGUACUGCUCUGGCCAGAGGUGCUUGUGUCCAGUUGAGGAGAACUUCCAGUCCAGUUCUGGUUCCGGUCUGGUUCUUGGUCUCCAGGUUGUCUGACUUUUAUGGAUGAGUGUUUGUGUCUGGCUCUGACUAUGAUGAAGGAAAUUUAAAUAAUAAUAAAAUGAGACAUGUACAUGAAUGUGAAAUGAUGAUGUAUGAGGUUUUGUUAUUACAUUGAUAUUAGCUUCUUCAUAUAUAUAUAUAUAUAUAUAUAUAUAUAUAUAUAACACAUAUAUUUAAAUUAUAUUUAAAUGCACUCUCUGGUAGGUUGGAUGCACUUUUUAAUCCUAUUAAAUCACAUGCUGUUAUUCAUAAAAACUCGGGGAGAUGAUUGAUGUCUUUGUAAGGUUUGAUAUUGGAAUGGGAAGAGCUUAUUUAGAGUAUUUUUAAAAUUUAAAUAAUAAACUUCAGAAUUAUUUGUAAAUAAAACUAUUAAAUAAUGAAAUUUGCCCAAA